AUGACCUGCUUCGUCACAGUUGGCACUACAAGGUUUGAUCACCUGGUCAAUGAGGUGUUGACUGAGACAUGUACCUCGACCCUCAAGACUUUGGGAGUAAAAAGAAUAACUAUUCAACUUGGUGCUGGUGAAUGGAGUGACGAGGUGAGGCAACGUGUUUUCGGAGGCAUGGUAGCGGACCAAGGAGAAGGGGAGUGCUGCGGCUUGCCAGUAGAGUUCUACCGUUUCAAACCGAACAUUCAUGACGACAUGAAGGAAGCUAUGGUUGUCAUCGGGCACGCAGGAGCUGGUACAUGUCUGGAAUGUCUGCGAUUACGCCGCCCUUUCGUAGUUGUGGUGAAUGAAGACUUAAUGGACAAUCAUCAACAGGAAUUGGCAAAAGAACUUGCUCGUGGCGAGCAUUUGCUCUACUGUACAGUAUCUUCAUUGUGUAGCACGCUUUUAUCUCCUUCAUUAUUUAAUUUGGUUCCCUUUACUCCACCUGAACAGAAGUUAGUGGCGAAAUUCAUCGAUUCAAGAAUGGGACUUGCUACUUCCUAUUCCUUUUGCGACUCAGAGGCGCGGACUAAUAUUUUAGGUAUGAGUUCGGUUGAAUGUCCUAUUCAUCCGAAUGUCCACUUGGUUGAGGAUCAUCGAGCCGGUGAUGUUGUUUGUCCAGAGUGUGGUCUAGUGGUUGGUGACAGACUUGUUGACGUUGGUACCGAAUGGCGUUCGUUCUCAAACGAAAGGAGUGGCGCUGAUCCAUCUCGUGUAGGCGCUCCUGAAAAUCCUCUUCUUAGUGGAGGAGAUUUGUCAACAAGUAUUGCUGUUGGAUUUGGCGCCAGUGAUGGCGACACGAGCCUUGCUAACGCCCAGCGAAAGAGCAUGAACAACACCGAUCGUCAAAUGACGCAAGCAAUGAGUGUUAUUAGAGAAAUGAGUGAAAGAAUUCAUCUUGCAAAGAGUAUUCAGGAUUUGGCUUCGAAGACUUUCAAAGAUGUUCUGGAUAGCAAGGCUCUCAAAGGAAAGAAUAAUGAGGCACAGGCUGCUGCUUGUCUCUAUAUAGCUUGUCGAAAAGAAGGAGUUCCGAGAACAUUCAAAGAAAUCUGUGCUGUUUCACGUGUUUCGAAGAAGGAGAUUGGGCGAUGUUUCAAACUGAUCAUAAAGAGUCUUGAGACUAAUCUCGAACAAAUUACUUCUGCAGAUUUCAUGUCGAGAUUUUGUGGAAAUCUAUCUUUGCCCAACUCGAUUCAGGCGGCAGCUACUCGUAUAGCAAAACGCGCUGUAGAAAUGGACCUUGUUGCUGGCCGUUCGCCGAUUUCCAUCGCUGCAGCCGCUAUUUAUAUGGCUUCACAGGCGUCCAGUGAGAAACGUUCAGCAAAAGACAUUGGUGAGAUCGCGGGUGCUGCAGAAGUGACGGUAAAACAGACAUACAAACUUCUGUAUCCUCGAGCUGCAGAACUAUUCCCAGACGACUUCAAAUUUGUUACACCAAUUGAUCAGCUACCGACGUCGUAG